UUCCCCCCAAAAUCCAAAAAUUCAUAAUACCCUUUAGAAUUUGAUGUCUCUCACUCUCAUUUCUCACAAAAGUAUGAACCCUCGCUUUGACAGUCACAUAUAUCCAAACCCAACCCCUCUUGUCGUUGUGCCAUGGUCGAGAAACUGCGUUGAAGAGGCCACCGUCGUCGAACCUACCGUCUUCAAGCCCUUGUGCCAAUGCAUGGCCAGACCCUCGUGUUCUCUUGUUCUCUUCGGUAGAAGCACUCUCAAUCUCUCACUCCCCUAAGGGCGUUUGCCUGCCAAAGCUCCUCUGUCGCGCUCCCCUAUCGUUGCCAAUUACCGAUCUUUCAUUUCCAGUGCCGACGCCUUAAUUGCAAUUCGCCACGGUCUACUCCAUUGACAACCAUUUCAAAUCUCUCGUACCUUCUCUGUACUCUCGCUUUUCAUUUAAUAUUUUUCUUUUAUUUCAAUAUUAAAUUCAAGCUUUAACAAAGUGGAUUUACUUAUUGUUGCAAAUGUGAUUGUGCUUUGUACACAUCUUAGGAGCAUUUCAUUGGGUUGGGAUACAAUUAGGUGAUUGCUCUCUCGUUUAAAAAUAUAAUUGUAGCCUUAGUUGUAGACCAAAAAGACAUAGUGGAAGCUUUAGUGGCAGGAAAUAACCUCGGCGAUUUUGUGCCAUCUUCAGUAGGGACAACAGUCUUGUGCAGUUCACAAACUUGUGUGAGCAGGAUAUAAAGUGACAGGUGAAAAUUCUUAGAAGUUGUGGCUGAAUCCAAUAUUUUAUUACUUAAAUAAGUUUGAGGAGUAAGUUAUUGGGCUUUAUAAACUGAAGCAUGCUAUCUACUUGUUUAACCCAAUUCAUAAGACGAGGAGGACGACAUGAACUGGGAGGUGGGGACAUUCAGGCAACAUAGAGGUUGUUUUGCUGUGCUCUUGGGGGAGGACAUAAUGAGUAUUCGGCAUGUUGAUUAUGCUUGGCAUGAAUUUUUCCCUGAAGACUUGACACUGGAAAAGUCACGGAUGCGCACUCUAACCAUGCUGAGAUUGCAGUUCGAGCAUUACAUGGUGCAUUCAACACAUACUUGGUUCCUAUUGACAAGAAGCAGAAGAAGAAAUUUUCUUUAUCAAAGCAAUUUGACGAGAUUUAUGCAAGCAGAAGGCUUGAAGCAGCUAAAUUUGCUAAGUUAUGAAAUGAAGUAAUUUGUAGUUUCGGUGAGGAAGAUAUCAAUCAAGUAUUAUAUUCACUACCCCUACAAUUCACAGUAGCCCAAUAACGAAUUUCUUUCUUCCUUGAAUGCUUUCUUUUAAAUGGAUAUUCUAAGAGGAGGGGACAAUGGAAAGCUGCAACACAAUCCCAGGAGUUCUUUAGGACUCUUCAACGAUAUUACAACAAUGCUUACAUGGAUGCUGAGAAGCAAAAUGCAAUUAACAUUGGCACUUAGAAGGUAAGAAAGUUUCACCCGAAACUAGAAGGAGAAAGUGCUCCUAACAUUGGAUUAGACCCUCUACCAUGUUCCUCUGCCUCUGAACCCCCAAUGGAGAAAAUGUUCAUUGUGUUGUUCAUCAAUGUGCUUGUGUUCAGUGCCUCUGUUGUGUGCACCGAACAGAGUCAUGUCUCAGCUGUAGGAGACCCAGGAAUGCAGAGAGAUGGUCUGAGGGUGGCCUUUGAAGCUUGGAACUUCUGCAACGAAGUUGGUGAAGAAGCUCCUCACAUGGGUAGCCCAAGAGCUGCUGACUGUUUUGAUCUUUCGGGUUCUCUGAUUCACAAGGUCACAGAAGCUGAUAACAGACUUGGCGUGGGGGAGUCGUUUCCUGGCCUAAAGUUACAAAACAUCAAUAAUACAGACUUUUAUGCAGCUGAAAAGGAAGUGUAUUUGGGUUCUUUAUGUGAAGUUGCAGACACCCCAAGGCCAUGGCAAUUUUGGAUGGUAAUGCUGAAAAAUGGAAACUACGACACCAGGUCUGGGUUGUGUCCUAAGGAUGGAAAAAAGGUACCACCUUUUAGUCCGGGACGGUUUCCUUGUUUUGGACAAGGGUGCAUGAACCAACCCAUCUUGUGCCAUCAGCACACGCAGCUUAAAGAUGGAAGAAUGAUUGGGGGAUUCAGUGGUACUUAUGACUUGGAUUCUGAUUGUGGGGGUGAACACGAUGGUGCAUCUUACUAUGAGGUAGUUUGGGAGAAGAAAGUUAAUGUUGGAAGUUGGGUGUUCAAACACAAGCUAAAGACUUCGAAGAAAUACCCUUGGUUGAUGUUGUACCUUAGAGCUGAUGCAACCAAAGGAUUCUCUGGAGGUUACCACUAUGACACAAGGGGAAUGCUAAAAACUCUUCCGGAGUCACCAAAUUUCAAGGUGAAGCUGAGGUUGGAUAUCAAGCAGGGGGGAGGUUCGAAGAGCCAAUUCUACCUUUUAGACAUUGGAAGCUGUUGGAAGAACAAUGGUGCUCCUUGUGAUGGAGAUGUACUCACUGAUGUCACCAGAUACAGUGAGAUGAUCAUCAACCCUGAAACCCCAGCUUGGUGCAGCCCCAAUGGCUUGGUUAACUGUCCACCAUAUCAUAUCACUCCAGACAACAAAAAAAUCUACAGAAAUGACACAGCCAAUUUCCCCUACUCAGCAUAUCACUUCUAUUGUGGUCCUGGGAAUGCUGAACACUUGGAGCAGCCAGCGAGCACUUGUGACCCUUACAGCAACCCUCAUGCACAAGAGAUUGUUCAGUUGCUGCCUCACCCUAUAUGGGGUGAAUAUGGCUAUCCCACUAAAAAAGGUGAUGGUUGGGUGGGGGAUGCACGGACUUGGAAACUGGAUGUUGGAGGGCUAUCAAGUAGACUCUACUUUUAUCAGGACCCAGGAACUCCUCCUGCCAAAAGAGUGUGGACAUCUAUUGAUUCUGGUACCGAGAUAUUUGUUAGCGACAAAGAUGAAGUAGCAGAGUGGACUCUUAGUGAAUUUGAUGUCAUUCUAACAGAACCAGGGACCAACUUUACAGAUAAGGCUGAGAGAAAGUAGUGAGGAACAAUGAUUGUAAGAAAAAUUAUUCGGAUUUUAGAUUGUCCACAAAGUGUACACUUCUAAGUCCUAGAGGUGCUUGAACUCGAACAUACAGAUCAAAAAUAAAGAAUUGUUUCGCAAAAUCUUAGCUUGGAGUUUGAAGUUACCUCCACUAAAUAGCAAAUUUGGCAAAAUCAUGAUCGGGUAGGGUUUGGAUAACAUUUUGAAUCCCAGAUUAUAAUUUGGUAGAAAUGGAAAAAAAGUUGUUUUAUCUUUG